AGAAAGAGCGAGUGAGGCUGGCAGUGAGGAGGGCAGCCGGCGAUGUUCUCUGCUGCUGCUCGCUGAGGGCCGAUCUACUGCUGUUCCUCUACUUGGGGGAUUUCUUCAGCGAGGCUUUGCGAGGUUCUGGAAGUCAGUCUGAUAGCUGCCACGACCUAACGGAAUUUAUCCUUUUGUCCCCUCAUUGGUUUUCCUUUUUUUCCUUGGAUUAUCUUCUCUUGGACAUGUCAAGUUGUUCUGCAGCGGUCCGGUGCUGAAAGCUCCCAGGAUGCCACAGAUGGACCUCGUACUUUGAGACUGUUUCACUUUAUCUGCCUUGUUUUUGGACGACAACUCCUUCAAUAUUUUUAUCUUCUGAGGCUAGGAUGUUGCACAAGACCAGGACGUGUGCUGGACCGUUUUGGUUCCUCCUCACACAAGUGGUCCUGGUGACUGCGCUGACCCAGACUGACGAGUGCGGCGGGGCCAUCGACAUCCACACCGCGGACUACCUGACCUCCCCUGGCUACCCUGGCGCAUAUCCGCCCUCGCAGCACUGCGUGUGGGUCAUCACGGCACCCGAACCGGGUCAGAAGAUUCUCAUCAACUUCAACCCGCAUUUUGAUCUGGAGGACCGAGAUUGCAAGUACGACUACGUGGAGGUCUACAAUGGCGGGGACGAGCUUUCUCCCAUGCUGGGCAAGUUUUGUGGCAAGAUCGCACCGUCUCCGAUCAUCUCCAGCGGCGGUCAGCUCCUCAUCAAGUUUGUCUCCGACUACGAGACCCACGGGGCGGGAUUCUCUGUACGCUACGAGGUCUUCAAGACAGGUCCGGAAUGUUCCAGGAACUUCACAGCCCCCACGGGCGCCAUCAAGACACCGGGCUUCCCUGACAAGUACCCCAACAACCUGGACUGCACCUUUAUGAUCUUCGCUCCCAAGAUGUCCGAGAUCGUGGUGGAGUUUGACAGCUUCGACAUGGAGCCAGACACGACGCCGCCACCAGGGGCGCUCUGCCGAUACGACUGGCUGGAGAUCUGGGACGGCUUCCCUGCAGUGGGUCCUCACAUCGGGCGCUACUGUGGCCAGACGUCGCCGGGCCGCGUGAUCUCCUACACGGGCAUCCUGUCCAUGACCAUUACCACUGACAACGCCAUCACCAGAGAAGGCUUCUCUGCCAACUACACCAUCCGAGAAAGGAGCCUCCCCCCAGGACACACAGAGGAGGAUUUCUCCUGCAUGGAGCCUCUGGGCAUGGAGUCUGGUGAGAUUUCCUCAGAUCAGAUCAGCGCGUCGUCUCAGUACAACUCCAACUGGUCGCCUGAGCGCUCUCGCCUCAACUACCAGGAGAACGGAUGGACGCCCUCGGACGACACAGUCCGCGAGUGGAUCCAGGUGGACUUGGGCUUCCUAAGGUUCAUCACUGCCAUAGGCACACAAGGCGCCAUCUCCAAAGAGACCAAAAAGCACUACUUUGUCCGCUCCUACAAGGUGGACCUGAGCUCUAACGGAGAGGACUGGGUGACAGUGAAGGAGGGCUCCAAGCAGAAGAUCUUUCCAGGAAACCGCAACCCGACUGACGAGGCUCGCUCAAUCCUACCCAAACAGACUCUGGCUCGCUACGUCCGCAUUCGGCCCAUGACCUGGGAGCAAGGCAUCUGCAUGCGCUUCGAGAUCUACGGCUGCAGAACAUCAGACUAUUCGUGUUCUGGAAUGCUUGGGAUGGUGUCCGGUCAGAUUUCAGACGCUCAGAUCAGCGCCUCGUCUUAUGCCGACCGAGGCUGGGUGGCUGAAAAUGCCCGUUUACUGACGGGGAGGUCGGGCUGGACGGGCCAGCAAAUCAAACAGCCCUUCAGGAACGAAUGGCUGCAGGUGGACCUGGGCCAGGACAAGAUGGUGAGCGGUGUAGUCAUUCAGGGUGGGAAGCACCGCGACAAGAAUGUCUUCAUGAAGAAGUUCAAGGUGGGCCACAGUUUGGACGGAGAAGAGUGGACCAUUGUGAAUGAGGACAACACCACCAAACCCAAGCUAUUCAUCGGGAAUCAGAACCAUGACACGCCAGAGCUGAAGUCCAUGGGUCCUCUUAUGACCCGCUUCAUUAGGAUCUACCCGGAGAGAGCCACCAACGAGGGCGUAGGCCUCCGCUUGGAGCUGCUGGGCUGCGAACUCAACGACAUCACAACCACGGGUCCGCCAACCACGACGCCCGCCUCCACCAUUCCCUUGACCACUUUUGGGGCAACCACCACGACGCCCAUCACCGUCCCCAUUACCACGCUGUCCACCGAGACCGACACAGCCGAGGACUUCGACACGGCGACAGCGGGAGGUGUCACAGCCGCUGACCCCGUCAUGGACUUCAUACCAGACUACUUGUGGUUUGCCUGCAACUUUGACUUCACCUCCUUCUGCGGUUGGACCAUGGAAACAGGCUCUGGCGCUGAGUGGCUCAUCCAGACCAAUGGCGCUCCGGCCGCGCACAGACUGCCGACUCUCGACCACACGGGACGGGCAGGGAACUUCAUCUACAUGCAUUUGAGUGACUCUUGGGUCAAAAGUGAAGAAGAGGAGGAGGAUAGAGUGGCGAGGCUGUCCAGUCUGCCCGUCACGGCGCCGGACGCCGACCUGUGCGUGUCCUUCUGGUACCACAUGUUAGGUCAGCACCCUGGGGUGCUUCACAUCAGACAAGACAAGGAGAAAGAGGGACAUCGGGGGAGCAUCCUGUGGACCGUCAGCGGCCACCAGGGGGCGCGGUGGAGGGAAGGACGAGUUUUGCUACCAAGAUCCAGUGUCCCCUAUAGAGUGGUGGUGGAGGGCGUGGCCAACAGACACGUCACAGGACACAUUGCUGUGGACAACAUCCAGAUUUUAGAUGGACUCAACAUGGACUACUGUAAAGAUCCAGACGUUUCUCCAUCUCCGCCCACUGAGAUCUUCAUCCUGCCCAUGGACUCCCUGUCCCAGGAGACGGGCGACCUCGGCGGUGCUGGAAACAUGCUGAAGACUCUGGACCCCAUCCUGAUCACCAUCAUAGCCAUGUCGGCGCUGGGUGUCUUCCUGGGCGCCAUCUGCGGCGUGGUGCUGUACUGCGCCUGCUCGCAGAGCGCCAUGACGGACAGGAACUUGUCCGCCCUGGAAAACUACAACUUCGAGCUGGUGGAUGGCGUCAAGCUCAAGAAAGAUAAGAUGAAUGGACAGAGCAACUACUCAGAGGCGUGAGGUGGCGGCGGGCGAUGCUCUUCAGGGUGGGCUGACAGCAAGCAGACGCCAUCUUUUUUUUACUCAGGAGCGUCAGUGGAACCGACUGACCAGUAGGGGACACUGUGUAUAAAGAAACUGUACAGCAAAAAAAGAUUCUAUUUGUUCUUUGUGUGUGUGAGUACGUGUGUGUGCGUGUGCUUUAUUGAUUUCCUGUGAUCACAUGAUGUGUUGAGACCAAGUCACAAAACAAUCUUACUGUUUGUUGUUUUUUUUCACAGAAAGUAUGUGAAGUGUGUGUUUACAUUAAUGUACAUCUUCAUGUGAAGUAUGUGUGUCUGCAUGUGUGUGUUCCAACAGUGCCUUUUUCGCCUCCAUUUUUUAUUUUUUUGUUGCCUUCUUUUUUUUGUUCCACACACGUAGGAAGAGUCAGGAAAAUGAUUUUUGACAUUUUCUGAACUGUGAAGCUGUUGGGAUGUGUGUGUGCUAACAUGGAGGUGUUAAAUCAAUCCACGUGUGUGUCGUGUGUAAAAAGCCUGGUUUUCACAGCACACGUUAUAUCAUAUUGUACAUAAGUUUUAAUAUAUUUCUAUCGGAGCUCUCUUUUCGAGAGAACACGCCCUUCCACGCCGCAGUAUCCUUUCAAGCGGACGGACUCCCAAAAGGCACAUUUGUGCAGGGCUGCCCCUGACAAAAAUGGGCAGAAUUUUAUUUGGAUCCAAUAUUGCAAAAUAACAAAUUAAGAGGAAAAAAACAUAUACAGUAUGUUUAGGAAUGGGAUUGUACCCACACCCUCAGCUGUAAAAGGCAGGAGCUGUACCAUUACACCAUCAGGUAUUAACAGGUGAAUUCUGCCAUUUAAUUAUAUUCUCUUAUUCUCACAUGCUGUCAAACAUUGCCUUGGGCUGACUUGGUGCUCUAUGCGUCAUGGCAGUGAUGCACAACCUUGUGCAAAAUGGGGGCCCCUAUGGAUCGUAACAUCCUACGCAAAGCACGUGUUCUGCAUGUAGGGUGGGGUGGCCCUGCAUUUGUGUGUCUUUUUUCUAACUAAUGUGAUGUUUUGUUUUGUGAAUCCUUGUGGUCGUUUGGGUUCUGUUGUUGGGACGAUGGAGGUGUCUGAGCAAAGACUCUUGGGAUGCUUUCAUACAGGGUAGCACUGGACCCCCACCACCACCCAGGGAGGGAGGGAGGGUCUAUUCAGGGUCAUCAGCAUUGUGAUAGUAGAUGCUGACAGACCUGGUUGCCAUGACAAUGUUGUUGUGUUGUCUUUUUGACGGUUGUGUCGGCUGCAGCAUCCUCCGCAGGACUACACUGAACCAACACACGCUAUCAGGUCAUAAGCUUAAAGGUGCAACGCACAGGCCUCAGUUUGAUGUCAUUUUAUCAACAAUAACCACAAACCUUGACUGGGAUGUCGCAUUGUUACUUUCCUCUCUGGUAGUCACACUUUUGUUUAAAUUCAUACACUUCAACAUUGAAGUCAGUUUGAAGACAAAUAUCAAUGUCAAUGAUACACAAACUGGAUUCAAUGUUGCGUUCUUGUCGACUGAGCAAACUUGUGUGCUGUCAAUGCUCGAUCAACAACAUGAUAAAGUGUGAAAGGAUGCUGCAGCACUCCACGUGAAAAAAGGAAAUGUUGCACUGAAAUGUGUAAAAGUCUUAGGAUGGGUUUAUGGUUUAAGAAAAGAAUUUGUUUUUUUUUAAAACAUGCUUUCAGAUGAAGGUGUUUUAAUUCUGAGAUGUACAAUUUUACACAAAGAAAAAAAAGCUUAUCUACGUCAGGUUUAUUUACUUGCUAUGAGGUUUUUGUAAUGUCAUUGAUGGAUUUACGUGCCAGAGUUUGUUUGCCUUUUCUUUGUUUGUUUUCCAAACUGCUUCUGUAAUGUUGCUGUCUCCAGUCCAGAAAAAAGACAAAAAUGGAAAAGCAGCAAGGCCUUAAGUGAUUCAAGAGAAAAAAAAAACAACAUUUGUAUUCUCUGGUCAAUGCCCAGAUUGAUCUCAUCUCUGUUGUUGCAGAUCAUUGAUUAUUACAUUCCAAAGAAUUGGAUCAAAUAAAUGUUUGCAUUAAAUGUGACAGUACACUCUUUUCUCUUUUCUGCUUUUUACAGUAAUAAUACCUAAAAUAUAUUUUUAAAUCAAUUUCUUUCAUGAUACCAGUAAAAGACCACAAUAUACUUGUAUUAUAAGUAUAUACAGCAAUACAAUUUAAA